CUUACGGUCUCAGACGUUGGUGUGUUACCAAUUCAAAACCUGAUAUGUCUACAGGCAGCAGUACUCGUCGAACUGAAGUGACAAACGCCAAAGUACGAAUCAAAGCUUUUCCUCCUUCGAUAGAUGAGAGAUAUGCCAAUCAGUUAUGGGAUCAGAUUAAAAGUGCGAUAAUCGAGAUUCAAAAGAAAAACAACAGUUGUUUAAGCUUUGAAGAACUCUACCGCAAUGCGUACACUUUGAUAUUACAAAAACAUGGUGAACGUUUGUAUGCGGGGACAGAGGCUGUUGUACGUGAACAUAUGAUCAAGAUCCGCGAUAGUAUUGUUGAAAAUCUAAAUAAUAAGUUUUUAACUUACCUUAACUCAUGUUGGAAAGAUCACCAAACUGCUAUGGGAAUGAUUCGUGAUAUUCUUAUGUACAUGGAUCGUGUCUACGUCGGCCCCCAUAACCUGGAUGGAGUUUAUAAGAUGGGAAUGACUGUUUUCUGCGAUCUCGUCGUACGUUAUCCAAUUAUUAGAGAGCACUUGCAGAAAACUCUGUUGGAUAUGGUGCGCAGGGAACGCCGGGGUGAAGUAAUAUCCCGUUCGCAGAUUCGCGAUGCCUGUCAGAUGUUUGUGCAGUUGGGGGCCGGAUCAUUACGUGUUUACCUUGAAGAUUUUGAACAGCCAUUUUUGGAGCAGUCAAGAGAAUUUUACCGCACAGAAAGUGAAAAUUUUCUUUCUGAGAAUACUUCUGCUUCCCUGUAUAUUAAAAAAGUCGAACAAAGAAUCGAGGAGGAAGUUCGAAGAGCACAUCAUCAUCUUGAUCCAUCCACGGAACCCAAAAUCGUCGUCGUAUUAGAAGAGGAGCUUAUAAGUCGACACAUGGAAACUAUUGUCGGUAUGGAAGAUUCAGGAUUAACGUACAUGUUAACUCAUGAUCACUUCAGUGAUAUCGCUGCUAUGUAUAGCGUUUUAAGUAGGGUUGAAGAAGGACCAAAAAUAAUGAGUAACUACAUUAGCCUGUACUUAAGAGAGCAAGGAAGAAAUACUGUACGUGAUACUGGGUCAUCAACACCCCAACAGCACAUUCAAGAUUUGCUUCAAUUACGCGAUCGCGCUAAUGAAUUACUAACGAGAGCACUUAAUAAUCAGACAAUAUUUCGUAAUCAAAUUAAUUCUGAUUUUGAGUACUUUGUCAAUUUAAAUCCUCGUUCUCCCGAAUUUCUGUCAUUAUUUAUUGAUGAGAAACUAAAACGUGGCACCAAAGGUAUGGCAGACCAAGAUGUAGACGCCAUUUUCGACAAGUGUAUUGUAUUAUUCCGAUAUUUACAGGAAAAGGAUCUAUUUGAAGGUUAUUACAAGAAGCAUCUUGCAAAAAGGCUGUUAUUAAGUAAAAGUCAGUCAGAUGAUCAAGAAAAGAUUAUGAUAUCCAAGCUUAUGGCCGAAUGUGGUGCUGUAUACACAAGUAAACUAGAAGGAAUGUUUAAAGAUAUGGCAGUGUCUAAAACCCUCAUGGAUGAAUUCAAUGUAGUACUAUCUAAUGGUAAUCGCAAUCUUAACCUAGAUCUGUACGUUCGUGUACUAACUACUGGUCUUUGGCCAACUCAAGUAACUAAUUCGAAUGAAGCGUUACCAGAAGAAGCUGAUACAGCGUUUAAAGUUUAUAAAAACUUUUAUUUAAGCAAGCAUAACGGUCGGAAAAUCAACCUGCAGACAAACAUGGGGUACGCAGAAUUGUCUGCUGUAUUUUAUGGUCGUCCUAAUGCAGAUAUCAAUACACCUCAGAUCUCUUCUGUUACUGAUUCUCAUACUCACAGUUUCCUUAUUCAUGGCUCCAGUUCUGCGUCUUCGAAUCAAACAAGUCAAAGUAGUCAACAGACGCCAAUCAGUGGAUUACCAGGAAGCCCAGGAGCUCCAAAGACACUUGAUCCUCCCAACUCAAUUAGUACUUCUAGUCGGUUGAAUGUACGGAAAUAUUUCUUACAGGUCUCCACAUAUCAAAUGAUUAUAUUAAUGAAAUUCAAUCGACGAAAUCGUUAUAGUUUUAUUGAAUUAGCGAGUGAAACAAAUAUUCCUGAACGUGAAUUAAAACGUAGUCUUAUGGCUUUAGCAUUAGGUCGUUGUAGUCAACGAAUUUUAUGCAAAGAACCUAAAACACGUGAUAUAGAGUCAACUGAUAUAUUCUAUGUCAAUGAUUCAUUUGUUUCGAAACAUAUUAAAGUUCGGGUUCAAAGUAUCACUGUUAAAGAAAGCGAACCAGAACGUCAGGAAACGCGGACAAAAGUAGAUGAAAAUCGACGUUAUGUGAUUGAGGCAACAAUUGUGAGAGUCAUGAAAGCUCGUAAAACUUUAAGUCAUGGACAACUUGUUGUUGAAGUUAUCGAACAAUUAAAAUCGCGCUUUGUACCUACCCCCCUAAUGAUUAAACAACGUAUUGAAUCGCUUAUUGAACGAGAAUUUCUUGCUCGAUUAGAAGAUGAUCGUCGAGUUUAUAAGUACUUGGCCUAAUCUCAUUUUGUAAACCAAAUCUAAAUACAACCUGUAUCUUUCAAGUCCCAUCCUACCAUUCCUUGCGUCUAUUCUCUCCGCUGUCAAAAAUUUUCAAAUUACUCCUAUGAUGUGUUGCAAGAUGAUGAGCUUUAAAUAAUGAUCAGAAUAAAUCUGAUUGCUCAUUAUCAAUUAAUUGAAUAAAUCAAAUCAUUGUUCUCAAUUUACUACUACAAACCUAGUCUUCAUCAACUUACUACAGUUAAGUUAUCUAUGACUUUUUGUUUCCUUUGCAAAUCUCAUGCUUCCAUUUCAGUUUUUUUAUUAAACUACUAACCUUACCUACAUAAAUUAUAUAUGAUUCGUUAUUUUGUUUAUGUACAUAUUAUAAUUGCCUCACUCUUUUAAGUUUAUGCAUUCUAAAAUUGAUUCAUUUUAUCCUCAUUCAUAACUUUUGGAAAAUGUGGAAUCAAUGUUAAUUACUCAUUUCUUUGUUUCUUUCUCCAUUCAAAUGUGCAGUUACCCACAGUACUAACUUAUAUCAUUUGGCUAAAAGCAUCUCCCUUGUUACAGUAAAUAAUACGAUUAUUAAUGCGACGGGCAACUUCACAUAUUUCGGUGAGUAAAUGAACUUACUUCUGAACAAGGAAUGAAGCAAUCGGCUGUGUCAAACAAUAUGUCUAAUUACUUCUUCAAUCUUAUGUAGUUUGUAUUAACUGUACACAUUUUGAGCAGUUUAAAUCUGCCAUGCAAUGAAUGCUUUUAUUUAUGGUGGAGUAUUUCUCCUUUUUGAGUUUUAGUCCUACACAAAGCCCUGUCCACAUUAUUUUUUGUGUAAGCUACAUAUAUGUAUCCACUCAAGUAAGGCGUAUUUUCUCGCCAAGGUUAACUUUUCUCUCAAGGUUUUAUUUUCGUAUGUUUACUUUCUCUAGGUGUUGCUUUAAAUUGUAGCACAUAGUUUUGUGCAGUAUAUUCAAGGUUUGACUUUAAAACUACUAUGAAUUCAGUGCUAUCCGUUAGCUUGUUUUCUGUAUCAAUUGAUAUCUUGAAUCAAUCAGUUUAUCAGGGUGCACUGUACACUGUCUGCUAUUUAUCAAUGUUCUGAUGGUUGGUCAAAAUGAUACUAAUUUAUUUUCACUUAUUUUCUAAAUACGAGGUAAUUUUACCAUAAUUGUUGACCUCAUAAACAACUCGGUCGCGUGAGCAUUUAAAAGUGCUAUGAGUUCGCAAUUAAAUUAAAGUAACAGCUAAGUCUAUA